CUUUCUUCUCGUUUUCUUCUUCCUUCUCACUCUCUCACUCUCUUUCUCUCUCUCCCCCAUUAGUCACGGCCUGCAAGGGCCUCUCUUUCCCGCCAAAAGCCCAAUAUCCUAAUUAACUUUUUGGGGUCGUCUUAAUAAUUGCCUAUUGGUUCUUCUCUCUCUCUCUCUGCUAAAAAUCUUUUUGUCCAUCCAUCUCUGUGUAUUUCAAGUACAUGAUUUCAAAGUCAUCUCCUUUUCUUGCUGGGAUAUCUACAAAAAGAUUUCUCACUCCAUAUAUACAAUCAGUACCACUGUCUUUUCUCUUUUUCUUUUUCAAUUUCGCUUCCAAGAGGAAUUUAUAUAGAAUAAAAGAAUCUUCCUCUUUGCCUUCACUUCUUUUUUCUCACUCUAUUUCUUCUUUGUCCCAACUAUAUGCUUUUUCUACCUUCGCUGCUUUUUCUCUACAACAACAACAAGUACCAUGAUAAGUUUCGAUGAUCCUCGAUUCUCAUCCACCGUGCAACCCCACAGAGUGAAAUACUCAGAGCACAAAGUGACCACAAGCAAGCUCGUCCCUGACCCAAAAGCCAUGACUUCCAAACUCGUGAGGAUCAUACACACCGACCCCUACGCCACAGACUCUUCCAGCGACGACGAGCCAGAACGGAGACCAGUACGGAGAAUCAAACGGCUCGUCAGAGAGAUCAGCUUCGAGCUCCCAUCGCUUCCCUCGAGCUCACAGUUGCCAAAGCAAGAAGUACGCAAGAAGAGACCGGCUAGAUCGACGGAAUCCGCCGCCGUAACUCGCCGGAAAAAGUUCAGAGGCGUCCGGCAAAGACCGUGGGGUCGAUGGGCCGCUGAGAUCCGAGACCCGACUCGGAGAAAACGGGUCUGGCUUGGUACCUUCGAUACGGCGGAGGAAGCUGCUUCUGAGUACGAUAAAGCUGCGGUUAAGCUCAAGGGUCCUAACGCCGUUACCAAUUUCCCUAACUCCGUUAUGACGGAGACGUCUGUUGACGUGGACAGUGUCAAUUGCAAGGAGAUCGAUUCUCCUGCCUCGUCUGAAGUGGCUUCCUCAUCUCCCAUCUCAGUUCUCCGUUACGAGGAAUCGUCGCCGUCCGAUGACCUCGGGAUCGGAGACGUCGAUGUUUUCGGGUUAGAUUUUGACGUGCCGUUAAAUUUGACGAAUCUUGUUUUGUCAAAAAAGCCCUUGGUCGAGGAGGUGAAAUUAGAGUUCGAUGACUUUGGUUUCGGGGACGUCGAUGCUUUCGGGUUUGGUAUUGACGGGCCGUUAAAUUUGACGGAUUUCAUGUUGUCUAGAAAGCAAUUGGUCCAGGAAGAGGAAGAGUUCGGCGAGUUUGACGUCGAUUCGUUCUUAGUAUAAUAAUUUCAUCUUCUUAAAAAAAAAAAAAAAAAAAAAGGAAGCACGUGUUGUCGGGAGAUAUUUAGUAAAUGGGAGGGAUAGUUUGGUAAUAUGGUACUAGAGAUAUAUCCAACAGUAGUUAUGUGGCAUAAUUUCAUUGGUUUAUUUCGGGGACGGUAAUGAACUGAAAGCCCAUUUUUUGUCGGAUUUCCGAAAGUAACCUUGAUAUUUUUGAUAGUGUAUUGGUCAAUGUACGGAGUGUUAAUAUUUAAUUGGUAAGAGUUAGCCGGUUUUAGCACUAUUAAUACGGCGAUUUUGUCUUGUGUCGUGUUACAAAGAUUGUCUGUAAUGACUAAUGAGAGUAAUCUGUGUAUUGUUCUGUAAUUUUCUAAAUUAUUAUUAAUCAUAAUUUUAUUAUUUGAGUAUAA